GCGGCGGCAUCGUCGGAGGAGAGCCUCGCGCUCAUGGCGGCGCUGUCGCCGCCGCCGCCGCCCAGCUCCAUCGAGAGAGGGGACGGGAUGGACCCCCACCGCAAGCAGCAAGCAACAAGUGAUGGGCUGGGCCUUGACUGGCCGCCGUUUCGGCACCCACCCACCAGUGUUGGGCUGUUUGCAUAUCGGCCACCCAUCAGCGACGUGCGUGCGUGCCCCGUGGCGGCGGGUUGGCCACCUCAUCCGCCUCGUCGGCUUCGGAAAGGCAUCGCCGCGGCCGGCGCCUCCUCCACUCGCCUCCCUCUACUCCAGCAAUUCCAUCUCGCUAGCCGCGCUUCUCCUGUUCGCCGGUUGGGUUCGGCGGGAGGCCGUGAAACGGGAAUUUCAUCAGUGUGCAACAAAUGGCCAUGCCGUCGUUCGCCGUAACCUCCCCUCCAUCGCAUGGUGGUACCUUAUCAGCGCUCCAUGCUCGUCAUCCUCAAAGAUUGCAUAAGAGGAAAGUUCACAGCCAAGUCAAGGCAGUGGCGCAAACACAGCUGCAGUACCAGAAACUUGGAGAUUCAGACCUCCUUAUCAGUGAGGUCACUCUUGGAACGAUGACUUUUGGCGAGCAAAACACAGAGAAGGAAGCACAUGAUAUUAUCGCUUAUUCUUUCGAUCAAGGCAUCAAUAUCCUAGACACAGCAGAAAUUUACCCAGUUCCAGUCAACAAGGAAACUCAAGGGAGAACUGAUCUUUAUAUUGGCAGGUGGAUGCAAUCAAAGCCACGAGACAAGAUAAUUUUGGCCACAAAAGUUGCUGGUUAUUCAGAGCGAUCUGCAUUUCUUCGUGACAACGCAGAAGUGGUGCGUGUUGAUGCUGCCAAUAUCAAAGAAAGUGUUGAAAAGAGCCUUAAACGCUUGUCUACAGAUUACAUUGAUUUGCUUCAGAUACACUGGCCAGAUAGAUAUGUGGCACUAUUUGGUGAAUUUAGUUAUAAUCCAACAAAAUGGAGGCCAAGCAUCCCUUUUGAGGAACAAUUGAAGGCUUUCCAGGAGCUGAUUGAUGAAGGAAAGGUUCGCUAUCUCGGUGUUUCGAAUGAGACCUCAUAUGGAGUAAUGGAGUUUGUACAUGCUGCAAAGACUCAAGGCCUUCCAAAGAUCGUGAGCAUCCAGAACAGUUAUAGUCUACUUGUGAGAUGCCGCUUUGAAGUUGAUCUUGUUGAAGUUUGCCACCCGAAUAACUGCAAUGUUGGACUGCUUGCGUACUCCCCAUUGGCUGGUGGGGUUCUCACUGGGAAGUAUCUUGAUGUUAACACUGACAUCUCAAAGAGUAGGCUAAAUCUCUUCCCUGGAUACAUGGCACGCUACAAUGCUUCUUUGGCUAAAGAAGCAACAUUAGAAUAUGUAAAGCUUGCCAAGAAGCAUGGGCUAACUCCAGUCCAGCUUGCCCUUGGCUUUGUGCGUGACCGUCCAUUCACUGCUAGCUCCAUCAUUGGAGCAACCACCAUGGACCAGUUGAAGGAGAACAUCGACGCGUUUACCAGCACUCCACGGCCCCUACCACAAGAAGUUCUUGACGGCAUUGAGGAUCUUUUCAAGAGAUAUAAAGAUCCGGCAAUCCUCUAGGUGUUCAUUCACCAUUCCUCUAGGUGUUCACUUGCCAUUUUGACAAAGAGAAACAGCAAUCCUCAGACAAAACAUAGACCCAGCAAACAUAUUACAACUUAUGAUCAUACCAUUUUUUUUUCAUGCUGAUACAAUUAUUGCUUUGAUCUUCCAUUGGCUCUACAGAUAAUACCAGCAGAAUUGUUUUUUUUUCCUUUUGUUGUAUAAGUAGAAUGUAGGUUUUACACUUCAUACAAUUAUAAAGUGAAUCCAAAAGAAGACAUUCUUU